CCCCCGCGGCGCCCCCUCGCAGGCNGCGGGAGGAUGGCCGAGGUGGCCGGCGAGUCCGCGGCGGCGGCCCUGCGGAAGAAGGUGGCUGCGCUGGAAGCAGAGCUAAGCGCCUGUCGGAGCCGGCUCCAACGAGAAAAGAAGCGGCGCCUCCAAGCCCAGGCCUGCGCGACCAAGUUACGGAAACAGAUUGAAAAACUUGAAAAAGUCAGCAAUGGUGAAAGAAAUGAGAAGACAACAUCUACUAUAGAGGUGCAAACUGAAGACUCUGCUGCAUGGUUAUAUGCAGAUUAUUACUAUCCUCACAAUUACUACAACUGUUCUGAAUUAUCCAGUGCGCCAGUGCAGCCAAAUAACGAUAAUGAAGUAUUGAACCCAAAUUGUACAGACCAUUUACAGUUAGUUGAUCAACUAGAUGUUAAAGCCACACAGCAGGAUGAGCUUGAGGAACAGGACAAUAUAAUAAGUAACGUGCAGAAACCAAAAGAUGUUUCGUUAACAGAAGGCACAUUAGCAGAAAGUCUGAGAGCUGCCGCAGAAGCUGCUGUAUCACAAACAGGAUUUAUAUAUGAUGAAAAUACUGGAUUAUAUUAUGACCACAGCACUGGAUUCUAUUAUAACUCGGAAAAUCAGUUGUAUUAUGAUCCAACCACUGGAAUUUAUUAUUACUGUGAUGUUGAAAGCGGCCGAUACCAGUUCCAUUCCCGAGUGGAUCUACAAUCUUAUGGAACUGAAAUUGUUCAAUCCAGCAAAGACAGAAAAGGCAAAAAGAAACGAAAAGAUGCAGAAUGGUCUAGGACAAAUGAGCACAAGGAUCUGAACACAGAUGAGCAAAAAUCAUCUAGCAGUCUGAAUUGCCUUUCUAUCACUAAUGAACUAAGUUCUCCAGGAGAGGAAGAAUUUCCAGAUGUGAAAAAGGCUAAAGUGGAUAUUGAUACAAGAAACACUCAAAAGGCCAAAGAAUCAGUUACUGCCAAUGGAAGCAGUGUAAACACAGAGUUUACUGCUAUUAUAGAAGAUAGUAAAACAGAUACAGAAAGUGAGCCAGAAGAAGGUGAAAUCACAGACUCUGAACAAGAGGAAUAUAGCAGUGAAAAUGAAGUGACAAGUGAAGAAACUGUAAAUUCAGAAGAUGUUGACAGUGAAGAUGAAGACAAGAUCUGGCCACCUUGUAUCAGAGUGAUUGUAAUUAGGUCACCAGUACUGCAGAUGGGGUCUCUGUAUAUCAUCACAGCUGUGAAACCUGCCACAAUUGGAAGAGAGAAAGGGAUGGAACACACUCUACAGAUUCCAGAGGCUACUGUCAGUAAGUUCCACGCAGAAGUAUACUUUGAUCAUGAAUUACAAAGUUAUGUUCUUGUGGAUCAAGGCAGUCAGAAUGGUACUGUGGUUAAUGGAAACCAAAUUCUGCAGCCUAAAACAAAAAGUGACCCCCAUGUUCUGGAACAUGGCGAUGAAGUGAAGAUUGGAGAAACUGUACUAUCUUUUCACAUACACCCUGGUAGUGAAACCUGUGAUGGAUGUGAACCAGGGCAAGUCAGAGCCCAUCUUCGCCUUGAUAAGAAAAAUGAAUCUUCUAAUGGCCCUGCACUGACAAAAGAAGAAAAGGAAUUAGUUAGAAGAAAAGAAUUAAAACAAAUACGUGUAAAAUAUGGCUUACAGAAUACAGAAUAUGAAGUUGAUAAGGUGAUGAAAAAUCCAAAUUAUAAAGACAGAGCAGGAAAGCGCCGUGAGACCAUUGGAAGUGAAGGGAACUUUUAUAGAGAUGAUACUCCAGCCUCUAUACAUGUGGAAAUUAGUGAGAAUAACAGAGGCCACAAAAUGUUGGAGAAGAUGGGAUGGAAGAAAGGAGAAGGACUUGGAAAGAGUGGUGGUGGAAUAAAAGAUCCGAUCAAACUUCAGCUGCACAGAAAGCACGCAGGCUUAGGUGCAAGUAUGCCUAUUUCUGCUGAAGAGGUUCAGAUCAUCAAUACCAAAAACAAAAGGAAUUGGGAAAAAGCAAGAGAAAGAUUUGCAGAAAACUUCCAGGAUUCUAAAACGCUGAAAAAAUGCACCGAAGGAUCUAGCCUGAGUAAAGAGAAGCAGCAGAAUUAAAUUCAUAACUUACUAGUUUAUGUAAUUAUGAGAUUUCUUUUUUUCCCCUUAAAGUUGGAAGUUUAUUUGUUGUAUAUUAGACUGCUAUAUAUGCUCACCUAAUUGCAUUGUCAGAUUUACAUGUUGAUUUGUUUCUCUAACACCAAUUUUAGGCAUAAGAUGUGCAUGAAUUGAAAUGGUGCAGCUCUUGUUGAAGAGUUUUGGAAAUGAAUAUGAGGGUAAUUCAGGAUUUUUUUACUCCACCACUGUGUUGAAAUAAUUAAUUUCUAUCACUUUUUGGAUCUUCAUGGUUCUCACAGGAGUCUGUGGCCCGAUGCAACAGAAAGCAAGCAAACAAGAGCCGAGAGAGAAGCAAUACUGAUGCAUCUCACUUUCAUAUAAUAUGAAAUCACUAGAUUUUCUAACAUUAGACAACAAUUCUAUUUUAAAUGCAGUAUCACUAUUUUUGGUGAGAAAAUAAUAUACAAAAGGCCACACAGAGGGCCUUAUUUUCUUCUGUGAAGAAUUUUGAGGGUUGUACAUUAAGCUUCUAGUAUUCUGUUGAGGUAGCAUGCUUAGAAACAGGCAGGAUACUCAGCUCUUCUGCACAUUAAGAAUUGCGUUACACAGUUCGAGGGCUAAACUACUAUAGAAUUCAGAAUCUCCCUAGAUUCAAGGAUUGCUUUUGAUGACCAAGGAUGAUUCUACUCCAGUUUAGCUUUUUCAAUAUGCAGGGAAUUCUGAGGUAGGAAAUGCAAUCAUAGAUUUGGAAGUGGCACAAUCUAGGACUUUGGUAUCAUAAACCUGUCUUAAAAGUAUAGAUUAGCCCUAGAAAUUAGACUUUGGUCUUCAGUCUGUACUGCCAUACACCUUAAGAUUUUUAAUAGGCAAGCACUAUUUAUUAACCUUUAUCCAUUGCUGGCAAUGGAAUUUAGGCUGGAAUUUCCCCCCUUCCCAUUUUCCUUCAAGGCAGAGACUGAACAUUUAUUUAUUGAAAUGUUAAUAAACCAUGCUUUCAAAGGAUGUGCUGUGAAUUUUUAACUCACAAAAGACAUAAACGAGAAGAAUUUGAUCAAAUUUCAUUUGUAUUUAUGCUACUUGUACUUACAGAUAGAAUAAUCUACAUUAUGAGUAACUGACCUGAACAGUGGCUAAAAGUGCUUAGUGGAUCAAUGCUUGGUUUUAUUUUUGAUUUUUUAAGAUGAUGCUGGAGUUCUUAUAUCAAAGUCCAAUGGCCUGAAAAGAUCAUUCAGCCCCCAUUUCAUCCAAAUAUCACUACUUAAUCUUUUAGAGGAGGAAGCUGAUUGAUAGCCUUAGUUUUAAAAAUCUUUAAGCCCCUUUCAGAAGUUUAAAUUAUUGGGAAUAGCAGCUUGAGGUGGCAUGUUCAUUCUUAAUUAAUCCGAAAUGUCUUCAGUUCUCUAAAAGACACCUAUUACAGUGGUACCUUGGGUUACGAACGCCUCUGUUAACGAACUUUUCGGGUUACGACAGCUC